GCGGCGGCGGGGCCGGCGCGUCCCGCCCGAGGGCGGCUCUGGCUGAGGGCGGAGGGGCCGGGGGACAGCCCGGGGCAGCGGCCGAGGCGGCACGGCGGCGGCAGAGCCCGCUGCCCCCGGACGUCCCCGGCGACAUGCUGGCAGAUAACCUGGUGGAGGAGUUUGAGAUGGAGGAUGAGCCGUGGUAUGACCACCGGGACCUCCAGCAAGAUCUCCAGCUUGCUGCUGAACUGGGAAAGACGCUGCUGGAUCGGAACACAGAGUUGGAGGAUUCUCUUCAGCAGAUGUACACAACCAAUCAGGAGCAGUUACAGGAAAUUGAGUAUCUGACCAAGCAGGUGGAGCUUCUGCGGCAAAUGAAUGAGCAGCAUGCCAAAGUUUAUGAGCAAUUAGAUGUCACAGCCAGAGAACUGGAAGAAACCAACCAGAAGCUAGUUGCUGAGAGCAAAGCCUCGCAACAAAAAAUCCUGAGCCUCACAGAAACAAUUGAAUGCCUGCAAACCAACAUUGAUCACCUCCAGAGCCAAGUGGAGGAGCUGAAAUCUUCCAGCCAAGGAAGAGGGGGGCAGAAGACAUGUGACCAGGAGAAACCGGCACCCAGCUUCUCCUGUCUGAAAGAGCUGUAUGACCUCCGCCAACACUUUGUUUAUGACCACGUGUUCGCUGAGAAGAUCACUUCCUUGCAAAACCAGCAGAGCCCUGAUGAAGAAGAAAAUGAGCAUCUGAAAAAGACAGUGACGAUGCUGCAGGCUCAGCUGAGCCUGGAGAGGAAGAAGCGAGUGAGUGUGGAGGCGGAGUAUCAGGUAGUGCUGAAGGAGAACAGUGAACUGGAGCAGCAGCUGGGUGCCACAGAUGCCUACCGAGCCCGAGCACUGGAGUUGGAGGCCGAGGUGGCUGAAAUGCGGCAGAUCCUGCAGGCAGAGCAUCCUUUUGUGAAUGGUGUUGAGAAGCUGGUUCCCGACUCUCUGUUUGUGCCCUUCAAGGAGCCCAGCCAGAGCCUGCUGGAGGAGAUGUUCCUAGCUGCUCCAGAAGCACAGAGAAAACCACUCAAGCGCAGCAGCAGUGAAACGGUGCUCAGCAGUAUGGCAGGGGGGGACAUUGUGAAGGGCCACGAGGAGACUUGCAUCAGGAGAGCUAAGGCUGUGAAGCAGAGGGGCAUCUCCCUUCUGCAUGAAGUGGACACUCAGUACAGUGCCCUGAAAGUCAAGUAUGAAGAGCUACUGAAGAAGUGCCAGCAGGAGCAGGACUCACUGUCACACAAGGCUGUGCAGACAUCUAGGCUGCUGGCCAGGGACCUGACAGGACUGGUAACCCAGUCUGAGGCUGGAGCCAGUGGCUGGGAACCCACCCCUGUCAGCCCAGAGCCCACCACUUCCCCCACCACUACACCUCCAGAGUACAAAGCACUGUUUAAGGAGAUAUUUAGUUGUAUCAACAAAACAAAGCAGGAAAUAGAUGAACAGAGAACAAAAUACCCAUCUCUCUCCUCUUACUCUUAAUGAGACCUCCAGUUCUAAUCUGCCUGUUUGCUCUCACCCCCUUCCGUUCAGACACAGCGCAGUCUCCAAAGCUUGAUGUUGCUAAAGAUAUUUGCCUCAUUGCUUUGUUACUUGGCAAAAGCAGCAGGAGAGGUGGCUGACAGUGUUGACUCCAGGGUCCCUAGGAAAUCUCACGGUAGACUGGCCACUGGUUGGUGCAUUGAUGAGGCUCAUUUCCAGGGAAAGCCCUAGAACCGGUGAAGGGGGAUCCAUGUACUUGGAGUAGGCUAAAGGACCUACAGUGUGAGGCAAAGGACAGAAUUGGAACAAAACUAAGGCUGUUCCUGUUGCUUCCAAACUUGGCUUCUCAAACUACUGGAACUCCAAGGUCUGCUUAACUAAAAUACUUUUCACACUCAUUCCAAAGAAUGUUGAGAAAGCAGGAAUCUUUUCAGAUGACACUAACCAGCUCCUUAAGUUUGUUGCAUCUGCUACCAGUUGAAUGAUGACUGACAGGCAGUCCUGUUUCCAAAUUCAGUGACUACCAAUUGAAAUGGCAAGUUUUGGUUUGAUCAAUCCUGCUGGUAUAUGCCAGCAUUCAGCUGUUUUACUCACAGCUAGGCAUGUAGUAUUAAUUCUGUUUUCAAAUAGAAACUAAAGGAGAAAGGAGAAAGCUCUUAGUGUUUCUGUGCUGACCACUUGGCAACCACAAGCUGCUCCUGCUCAGUUCUUCCCAUUCCUAGACUUGCAGACGUCCCUGUUUACUUCCUUACACAGUAUUGAUGUUCUCACUGUGGAAAGAAUCUUCCUCUCACUUGCAUACUUUAAUUUAAAAAUAUUUAAGAGAACCAUGGUUCUGAUUGUUGUAUAUAUUUUUCUAAACGCCGAAUAAAGCUAUCUAUGAAUGUGAACAAAUAGAUCUACUGCCUAUUGUUUUAAGCUUAAUGCCAUUUUACAGUUGAAACCAGCUGGCUUUUCCCCAAUAGACAGCUCUGGGGAAUUUGAAAGUGAUUUCCCCUCAUUUUCUUUUAAGCAAGAAAUCCUUGGAAUUGUAUGACUUAACAAAAAAUUCUGUCCAUGUUGCUAAAUAUUAUGAUUGAAAACAUUUUUCUAUUAUUUCAGAAGCAUCUGGCUUAGUUCUGAAUUCAUAGCACUUAACUAGUUGGUUGUUAAAGCUUCCGAUCAGUUAAUCAUGGUUAAAAACUUUUCAGUUCUUGACUACUGGGGCUAGGGCAAAGGCUCAGCUGAGUAAAGCGCUUGUGCAAGCACUGAGACUUGAGUUCAUGCCACAGCACCCAUGUAAAGAUGGGAGCGUGACAGCAUGCACAUGUAGUACUUGAGUUCAUGCCACCGCACCCAUGUAAAGAUUGAAGCAUGACAGUAUGCACAUGUAGUACCACCACUGUGGAGGCAGACACCAGCUGACCCCAAGGACUCACUGGCCCUAGCCAAUCAGCUCCAAGUUCAGUGAGAAACCCAAAAGAUGAGAGCAAGGGCUAAGAGCAGUGUCUCGGUUCAUUGCUGAAGAGUACAUUGCUCCUGCAGAGGACCUGAGUUAGUUCCCAGCACCCACUUCAGGCAGCUCACCACUGUCUGAAACUCCAGCUCCAGGUGAUUGUGAUGUUUCUGACCUUGAGCAGCUGCACACACAUGCACAUACCUGCAUACGAGUGCUUGCAUAUGCAAAUGCACACGAUAUUUUUCAUUUUUUUUUUAAUUUAUUAUGUGCAUUGGUAUUUUGCCUGCAUGUACGUCUGUGUAAGGGGGUGUCAGAUUUUGGAGUUAUAGACAGUUGUUAGCUGCCAUGUGGGUGCUGGGAAUUGAACCCGAGUCCUCUGGAAGAGCAGUCAGUGCUUUUAACCACUGAGCCAUCUCUCCAGCCCCUACAAUUUUUUUCUUAAAAGAGUGAUGAUAUCAGAAGACAACCUCUGGCCCACAAAUAAAUCAACACAUACACACAAUAGCAUUAGUCAAAUAUGAUGAGUAUUGAUUCCAAAUUAGAUGUGCUUUUGAAUUAAUUCUCAAAGUUUUGUACCAGUGGCAUGGAUAAAGGACCUGAGCUCAAUCCCCAGAAUCCACAUGGUGGAAGAGAACCAAGUGCCAUAAGUUGCCCUCUGACCUCCACACUGGUGCACUCACAUGCCCCUACAUAUACACUCACAAAAUGUAAACAUUUCAGUUUUCGUUUUGGUUUGAGAUGGGAUUUUACUGUCUAGCUAUGGCUAACCUAAAACUCACUGUCGACCAGACUGGCCUUGAGCUUGCAGCACUUCUGCCUGUGGAGUGCUAGCAUCUGAGUACCCACACCCAGCUUCCAGGUUCGUCUUUGAGAUGGUGGUCUCAUGUACCUGAUGAUGACGCUGAACUUCCCAUUUCAUUUCCCAAGUUGUCACUGGUGUUAUCAUGACUGGUCUAAGCAGUAUUGGGGAUCGAACCCUGGGCUCAUGUGUGCUAGGCUAGUACUCUGCCAACUAACCUACAUCCCAAGUCUUUUGAGACAAAGUCUUGCCAUGUAGUCCAGACUGACCUCAAACUGGUAAUCUAACUCCUUUAGCCUUUCAAGUACUGCGAUUACAGGUAUGUACUGCUACUUCUGGCGCUCUUUCCUGCCUACCAACCUACCUCUUCCCCCAAAUCAGCCAACCAGUUUCCUAUAUAUUCUUCCCAGAUAGGCAUACAUUAGCACAGAAAUAGUUGCCACCUCACAUUUAAAAACAAUACUGUAUCGUAAAUACUAUAUCUUAAUGAUAGCUAUACAGUGUCACAGCCUCCAUGAGGAGAUGUAAUGAAUAUAUACAUAUAUAUGUGCAUACACUUAAACAUGACUUAGAAGUAAAGGCAAAAAGAUGUGAGCAUUUUGGCAUCACUGAACCGUCAUACUUCGAGUAACUCCACAUAAGGAUGCCUGGUUUCUCACACCCAUGCCAAUGAGCUUUUACUUUUCUGAGAAAGGGUCUCAUGAUGUUGCUGAGGCUGUCCAAUAAACUUUACUAUUAAAUAGCAGGCAAAUGGUGUUUUCCUAAUAGCUUAUAUUUUCAUUUAUAUUAUGAAUGAAGUUGUAUAUUCUUUGGUUUUGCUUUUUGCUUUUAUUUGUGCUUUUUUGUUGUCUUGUUUGCUUUUGAGACAAGGCCUCUUCAUGUACCCUGGCUGGCCUGGAACUUGCUGUGUAGACUGGGCUGACCUCUCUCUGCUGGCCGCUGCCUCCUAAGGUAUGUGCUAGAAGAGUUGACUAUUCCUACCUACUGUUAGCCAUUUGUACUCUCCUUUUGCCUGUCUGUUAAAGGGCAUUAGUACUAGGAAGUAUACUUUUGCAGUUGGAUAUUGCAAGUAUUUUCCUUGAAUAUCUUAUUUUACUUUUAAUGGCAGUUUGCCAAACAAAUUUAUAACCAUGUUUCUUGAUCAGUUUCUUGAAUGAUUUGCUCCUUUGUUUGAUCGGUCUAUCCAUCUGAACUAUUCCCCACCAACCAAAAUGCUCCUCAUGAAUUUGAACCAAUUUAUAUCCUAGGCUCUGAUUUCCAUGUACAAUAGGUCAAUUUUAGUGGCUGUAUUUGGAUAUUUAUAUUUUUAUAACUGAAGGGGAAAAUGGAAUUUCUUUCAUAGAAUUUUCCCAAAUUUGGUGUGUGUGUGUGUGUGUGUGUGUGUGUGUGUGUGUGUGUGUGUGUGUGUGUGUGUGUGUGUAGCUGGAGUUUUCCUGCCUGGCCCACAGUCAGGACAAAUCUCUCUCACCUGCCAGUCCCAUAGCCACUCAGACCCAACCAAGUAAACACAGAGACUUAUAUUGGUUACAAACUGUAUGGCCGUGGCAGGCUUCUUGCUAACUUCUUACAGCUUAAAUUAAUCCAUUUCCAUUAAUCUAUACCUUGCCACAUGGCUCGUGGCUUACCAGCAUCUUCACAUGCUGUUUGUCAUCAUGGCGGCUGGCAGUGUCUCUCUCACUCAGCCUUCCACUUCCCAGCUUUAUUCUCCUCCUUGUCCCACCUAUACUUCCUACCUAGCCAAUGGCCAAUCAGUGUUUUAUUUAUUGACCAAUCAGCAACACAUUUGCCAUACAGACCAUAAAGGUUUGUUUCUGCUUUUCUCUAAAAAUUUAACACUAUUGGUCUUCUAAUAGUCCCAGUUCAAUUAAAAUUUAAAGCUGACUUUGGAGUUGGAGAAUGGCUCUCUCCUUCUUUAAACUCAAGCAUGUUGUUAAAAGGAAAAUGCAAACUCCCUGUAUCAUGCCAGAAUAAAAAAGCCAUCUUCUGCUAUGGGACAGGAGAAAAGCCAAAUUAAUUAAGGGACUAUUCUAUUACUAAUCUCAACU